UAAAUGAAUAAUAUAUUCCUAACAUUUCAUGAGAUACAUUUGUCAUAAAAGUUUUAAAAGUAUUAAUAUGAUGGAUGAUGAAACUUUAAACAGACUUGCAGUUGAAGCAUUAUUAGAAGAAGCAAAGCUUGGAGCAAAAAGGGCAGAAAUAAUGGGCCCUAGUGGAUGGAUAAAACCAAAGGAAUGUAUUAACAAAAGAUUCCUUCAUUCAACUUUACGUAAUGUUGUUCUUUCAAAUAAGUAUCAAGUGAAAAAGAAAAGUGAAAGACAAUUAUAUAAAUCAGAGAAUACAUUAAAAUAAUUGAUACUGUAUGAUAUAAUUUCUUAUUUGUGAAUAGAAAUAACUUUUAUUAUAUAUAAUUUUUAUGUUAAGUAGCUUUUAGAAUAUUGAUAGAAACUGUAAUUAAUGUAAAAUAUGAAGAGUAAAUGAAAGUAAAUUGUAAGUACAAAAAUAUGAUAUAAUGUAGUAAAUAU